AUGCUCCCUGCCCGGAUGAAUCCGCAGGUGCAGCCAGAGUGCGGUGGAGCUGGCCAGGGCCCCGGGCAGCCGCCGCCACCUCUGCAACCCACUCGGAAAGCUGUGGAGCUGGUGUUGGUGAAGGAGCAGAACGGGGUUCAGUGCGUCCUUGCGCCCCGAGGCGGGGACUCUCAACUCCGGGAGACCUGGGGCAAGAAGAUUGACUUCCUCCUAUCUGUGAUCGGUUUUGCGGUAGACCUGGCCAACGUUUGGCGCUUUCCCUACCUCUGCUACAAGAAUGGUGGCGGGGCUUUCCUGAUCCCAUAUACCCUGUUUCUCAUUAUCGCUGGGAUGCCUUUGUUCUACAUGGAAUUGGCUUUGGGCCAGUACAACCGAGAAGGGGCUGCUACUGUAUGGAAAAUCUGCCCAUUUUUCAAAGGUGUUGGCUAUGCUGUUAUCCUCAUCGCGCUUUAUGUGGGCUUCUACUACAACGUCAUCAUUGCGUGGUCUCUCUACUACCUGUUCUCUUCAUUCACCCUUAAUCUCCCCUGGACCAACUGUGGCCACCCCUGGAACAGCCCAAACUGCACAGAUUCCAAGUUCCUCAAUGGGUCUGUGUUAGGCAAUGGAACCAAAUACUCCAAGUACAAGCACACGCCGGCGGCAGAAUUCUAUGAGCGUGGUGUGCUCCACCUUCAUGAGAGCAACGGAAUCCAUGACAUUGGCAUGCCCCAGUGGCAGCUCUCUCUGUGCCUGAUGGUGGUAGUCAUCAUUCUCUUUUUCAGUUUGUGGAAAGGAGUGAAGACAUCAGGAAAGGUUGUUUGGAUCACAGCCACUUUGCCCUAUUUUGUACUUUUUGUGUUGCUGAUUCAUGGAAUUACUCUCCCUGGAGCCUACAAUGGAAUCACUGCCUACUUGCACAUUGAUUUCCGAAGACUGAAGGAGGCCACGGUGUGGAUUGAUGCAGCUACUCAGAUAUUCUACUCAUUAGGAGCUGGAUUUGGAGUUUUAAUUGCAUUUGCCAGUUACAACAAGUUUGACAACAACUGUUACAGAGAUGCUCUGCUAACUAGCACCAUCAACUGUGUCACAAGUUUCAUUUCUGGAUUUGCCAUCUUCUCCAUAUUGGGCUACAUGGCUCAUGAACACAAGGUCAAGAUUGAAGAUGUGGCAACAGAAGGUGCUGGUUUGGUUUUUAUCCUUUAUCCAGAAGCCAUCUCUACCUUGUCAGGAUCCACUUUCUGGGCCAUAGUAUUCUUCAUCAUGCUGUUGGCCCUGGGUAUCGAUAGCUCGAUGGGAGGCAUGGAGGCUGUCAUCACUGGCCUUGCAGAUGAUUUCCAGAUCCUGAAGCGGCAUAGAAAGCUUUUCACAUUUGCUGUCACCUUUGGCACCUUCCUGCUGGCUCUGUUUUGUAUCACUAAGGGGGGAAUUUAUGUGUUGACAUUGCUGGAUACAUUUGCUGCAGGGACCUCCAUCUUGUUUGCUGUUUUAAUGGAAGCCAUUGGUGUUUCAUGGUUCUAUGGUGUGGACAGAUUCAGCAAUGAUAUUCAGCAGAUGAUGGGAUUCAAACCAGGACUGUACUGGAGACUCUGCUGGAAAUUUGUGAGCCCAGCAUUCCUAUUGUUUGUGGUGGUUGUCAGCAUCAUAAACUUCAAACCACUCAACUAUGAUGACUAUGUCUUCCCUUUGUGGGCCAACUGUGUGGGCUGGGGCAUUGCCCUCUCCUCCAUGGUACUAGUACCUGCCUAUAUUAUCUACAAAUUCCUGAGCUUGAAGGGCUCCCUAAGAGAGAGACUGGCUUACUGCAUAACUCCAGAAAAUGAGCACCACCUUGUGGCACAAAGGAACGUCAGGCAGUUCAAGCUCCAGCACUGGCUAGCGAUCUGACUGCACUCACCUGAGGAGGAACCCUAUCUUCUGUGACACGUUCAAAUGAGAUUAGUGACAAUGUCAAGAUUAAAGCCCUCUGGAUUGUAUUUCACCCAUCAUUCUUGAGUUGACUCAUGGAUUGUCUUAAGGGAAGAGAAUUUUCCUAAAAACUUAUUUUCCUUCACUCAGUUACAAAUGAAUUCAAUGAAUCUGGUCUUUGUUUUCCUUUGAGUCAUCAGUUUUAUGGUCUAGUUCCUGAAAUAGAUUUGGUAAGGCUUAGGGGAGAUACGGGAUGUGAAGGGAACUGGAGAGACUUAUGUACCUUCACUCAAAGCCUCUAUUACAUGGGAAAUAGUCAAGAUAAGAUAGUUGUCGAUGGCUAAUGCUGGUAAACUCUUAUUUAAUCAGUUGGUUAUCACAUUCUCUUUGAGAGCAGGCUGCAGGGACAGUCACUGGAGAAAGAUGUUGCUUGCUGCUAUUCCUAAUGUCUUACUGGGCUAAUUCCGUAUCCUUCUAAAUUAUAUGGUAUGAAUUGAUACUUUGUUUUUCUCAGUCCUGCCCUUGGCUAAUACUUUGGUUUUCCAGAGAAGGAGAAUGGGAGAGCUGGGUCAUUUCUGCUCCAUUUAAGUUGUGAUGAGAUGGAUGGGUUUGGAAUUAUAAUUUAGGGAGCCAUAGAUGAUGCUCUAAGUUAUUCUCUGAUGUAUUUUUUUAGUAGUGGAAGGUGCUUAUCCAAAACUAAUUAUUAGGAGAGUUUUAUUUAUCAUGUGAGUUAGGUUCAUUUGCCUUGUUCAGUUGGCAUCAAUACUUCAGUGGAUCCAUGAUUCAUUGCUGUGGGUGCUCCCUCCUCUGGUGCAGAUUGCAAUCCCUCCACACACUUUCCUAUCCUGGGGAAUUCUUGUGCAUAUAUUUAUAUCAAUUCUGCAUAAGGGAUGCUGGAGGUAUUCCUCUGGGUUGUUAUUUCAUGAAUACUGGUGCAGCACUCGGAGACUUCCAGCAGCUUAAAUGUUUCAUAGGCAUAUCUUCUUCACCAUGUUUUCUGGUAUUUCUUCCAAAAAGAAAAAAAAAGAAUCUCAGUCCAUAGCUAUAUAUGUAUGAAACCUGUAAUUCUUUAAAAUGAUGGUUUUAUUCUGAUCCAGAGAAACCAGAUCCCCAACUUUGCUGUGGUAUGCAAUGAGGCCUCCCUUUCUGCCCUUUCUCAUUAAAUAACUGUAGUCAGCUCUUGAAUUCUGUGUUCAUUGAAAGCAGCAGUGGCCUGGAUAAUCCAAAAAUGAUUCCCAUUUGUCCUUGGGAUGACCAGUAAGCUUAUUAUUUUGUUUUGUUUUUUGGCAACAACUCUACCUUCAUAGUUUGUUGUCAUUCAGGCUUCUUUUUAAUGGGAUUUUUCAUUACUAUAGGAGGUGGGAGGGUGAAGCAGGAGCCUUCUAAGGGGCAAGGAUCAGCUGCUCUGGAUUAAAGAUACAGCAUGGGGAGCUCACAAGUAGAGCUGCCGCAAGUAAGUGGAUAACUGAGAAAUGGCUACAUCUACUUAACAAUCAUAGAAAUGUAUGGUGCUGUUCUUAUUCUGUUCAGCUGAGAUGUAGGAAAGCUCAUUAUUAGUCCUUGGGGUUGACCUAGUUGACUUUGGGAUUUCUCUUAGGGGAAUGAGAAAGAGUGCCAGAAUUAUGCAGCUGAUGGUAUUUUCAGCUUGGGACUUAGCUUCUUUGCCUAGUGCCAAAAUACAGCUUUGCCAUUUUAUUAUGUUUAUUUGUUUUUAAGUCUAUAAAGGAUUCAGAUGUAAAACACUCUGUGUUACAACAUGGGCUUCCAUCUUUGGGAUUCCCAUCCCAAAGCUCUCCCCUUGACAUUUUAUUAGCAAAGAUAGAUGUGCUGGCCAUUUCCCAGAAGUUAAGAGGGAAAGCGUGUAUGUAGUGGGACAUUACAUUAAGUAAAAAGAAUUCUCAUUUCUGUAGGACUUUGAUAUUUAGAAAUCUCUUUCCUCAUAACAACCCUAUUAGGUCAGCAGUGCCAGUAUUUUUAUUCCCAUUUUGCAGAUAGGAAAGUAAGGCUCAGAGAGUAAGCUCAAUGAUUUGCCUAAGAUCAUAUAACUACUAAGAGUCAGAGUUGGAAUUCAAAUUCACAUCUGCCAGCUCCCAAGUCAGCAUGCUUUCCGCCUCUCAAAAAAAAAAUGAGUCAAUAGGGAAUUAGCCAACUGACCUAAAAGAUGUAUCAAUUUAGGUCAGGUUCAGGCUGGAGAGUACUUUAAUUGGAUGUCCCAGUUCAACAGUUUUAGGUAAUGUUAGCUUGAACUGGUUCAUAUUUACUCUUAAAAAUUAGGGAAAAAAUAUUACUACUUGAAUUUGGUUUGGAGUUUGGCCCAAUUAAUGCUGGCUGUUUCUGUUUCUGGUUCACAGCUCAGCGUAGCUGCAGCCCUAUUGAGAGUAAGGACUCAGGUUCUCAUCACAGUGCUGUGUUGCUGAAAGUCACUUCUUUGCCCACAUAUGUGGGCUAUCUAUCUCUUGAAAACUUCAGGCAGAAGUUGUUACCUAAGUGGUUUACAUUCCAGGCUAUUAUCUCCUUGCUGUCCUACCCCAAGUCUAGGUCUCUUUUCUCACAAAUCUCCCCCAAAUUUUAGAUUGUUAGCUGUACAUAUAUUUGAUCUCUCCUCACUCCACACACACACACACACACACACACACACACACACACACACUCACACACUAAGGAUUAUGCAGUGUCAGGGAGGGAAACAAGAGAAGCAUGGAGAAAUAGUACUUACUUUUGGAAAAUCCAAAGGCCUGAAAUGUGGCCUUCAGUUUUCUACCUACCAGAAGUCCCACAAAUUAGUACAUCACAUUCCUGCCCUAUUGGGGACUUCCCACUACAAAAUAAAAAACAAAACAAAACAAAAAAAAACAAAAAAAGAAUCACAACAGAACCUUGAAAUGUUUUCCUGAACAUUUGAGUUACUGUAAAUGGAAGCCCAGGCAACUCUGUUCCCAAAUGAUAAUGAUAAAAAUAGAUAUGGUAGUCACACAGGAAGUGAAUGACUCUGUAGACUAUGAAAAAAAAAUUUUUUUAAUUUUUGUUCUUACGCUAAAAAUGUAUUAAAGAAAACAAAAUAUGUAGCUUUUGUUUAAACAAUCAGAAGUUUAAUUCCCCAGCCUGGGUCAUGGUCAUACUGGUCUGGUGGACAGGUGUUCCAUAUUCCCUUGAUUUCUUCCAUUCAGCUUAAAGGUAGAGAAUUGGUUCAUUCACUAAAUACAUAGGCAUGCGUCAUGAAUGCCAUGGUUACCUGGUAGGGACAACCUAGACCUACAAACAUAAGGAUUGCUUUCCUAGGUAAAUACUGAGGCCUAUCAAUCCCAGGAUUCUCUCUUGACAGGGGCAUCCAAAAAGGGUUUUAGGGGAAAUCAGAUAUCAUUCUCUAGAGAUUCAAAGUAUGUCUCCCAAGGAAUUCAUUAUGGACCUAUCAUUUCUAGUGCCUCAAUUAAUACCACUAAAUCACAGUGCUGCCUCAUGAAAGUACUUUGAGUUUCAGGGGUAGAAUUUUUCAGUUACAAAAUAAAGUUCAUAGGAUAUUCCUAGAAGACAGGAGUUGAAGCAGAGAAGGAUUAUUUAUUUCUUCCAAUUCUUUUUGGUAGAUGGCAAGAAUGGCUCAAAGACUGAACCAUUAGAGUUUAGCCAUGGUUUGGAAAUCUAUAUCCAUAGUUAAAGGUAAGGGCAAGCAGUGUCACUGGGAGCCACACCUUUGGUAUGUGACACCAUUAUGGGAACUGAGUAGUAAGACUUUGUAAUUAAGAUUUAUGCUGAAAGUGGUAUGAAAAUUCAAAAUCACGGUAGCUCUUAGAAUACCACUUGCUCCUUCCUCCCUCAGCUGAUUAUUAGUAUGGGAAGCUAGAGAUCUUCAGUGUUAUGAUUCAAGAGCUGUCGCAUUCAAAUGGCUGAGAUGUGUUACUUGCGGGAAAAAAAAAGACAAAACAAAGUAGUGGAAGGGAAGAGGAGUGAGGGCAUCAUUUAUUUUCUUCUAGUCGUUUGCCAAAGGGUAAUUAUUCAGUUUCUGUGCUUUGAUUACAAUAAUCACUCUUUGGAGAGUGAGUCAUGAAAAGAAGAGGACAUUUGGAGGAAUGGAUGAGGACAAAACCUCAAUGGAUGUAUAAUAUCUGAUAGAGGAAUGGGGUGGCAGAUUAGUUCAAAGAAAGCCUUUUAUUUUUCUGUAGCCAUCUGCAAUUCUUCAGUCUCUAGAUGGUUUAAACAAAGAAAAAGAAGUGGUCCUAGCUUAGAAGUUCUAUAAUGCCAAGUUGUCUCUACAAAAUGAACUCUCCAAGGCUAGAUCAUUUACCUGGGAGGUGACUUGUAUCUCUAGUAUAGAUAGAUGAGUACUCUCUCUUUGACCAGUGGAAAGCACUCCACACUGGUAGAUUUGAGGUCAUUGAUGAGGAUACACACAGUCACUGGGUUUGCAGUAAUCUUUCAGGGUUUGCCUUACAUUCAGAAGCUUUGUAGAGAGGAGUUUCUUUGUUUACAUAAGUAAUAUUCUACUUAGUUUUUACUGCUUUUUUAUAGUAGAGGUUCCCUGUAAUAUGGGUACCUCUGCCUAUUGCAUAUUGCACUUUUGAUAUUUUUCCAGGCCCUUCUCCAUUGCCUCCAUUUUUUUUGUAAAGGGACAAAUGCUUUUAAAAUCAGAAAAUUAGUUAUUAGGUAAUCAUUUGGUCUCACAGAGGCCAUCUCUAUACCACGAACCUAUUGUAAGAUCUGUAAGCCUUCCAAUUGAAAAACAUGUGAUCAAGAAGAAUGGAGUGUUGCCAACUAAAACCAGAUACACCAUAUUCUAUAGUCCCCAAUGAUGCCUUAACUUCUCAGAGAGACUUCCUGGGCUCUGUGUUUUCUCUUCUCAAGAAAUCAGUGUAAGUAUCUAGCUUGAGUAAUCAGGAACUGAAGAAAUCUACCAAAGAGGUUAUUUCAUAGGAAAGAAGUUAUACUGAGGUCAAUUCUCUUAGAAAACUUUUAGAAGGAGUGGCAUACUUCAUGCUAAAUUCAAGAUAGAGCCUCAUUUGUCACUCCAAUUAUCUCCAAAGUGAUUAUAAAUAUAGUGAGCAAAGAGAUUUGAUUUCUCCAAGUUGUACCCAAGACUUAUAUCCACCAUUCUAGCAAUUUCCUUUUGCAGUUGUUUAAUGAGAGAGAGAGAAAGAAAAAGAAGAAAAAGAAUUCAAUUAACCUCAUGUUCCAAUUUUUCUUUUUUGUUAAGGAAUCUGAGAGUAACAUAUCUACAUUUGAAUGCAAAUAAAAAGCUUGAUUGACCCUGUUCCUUACAAAACUUAGGUGUAUGUGAUGUAUACUGUUGUUGUAUAUGCUCAAGAUGUUGAAAGCUCUGGUGAAUGCAGUCUCUUCUGAGAUAUCUGCCUCCCUUCUUCAAUCUAUGUGCUUUAAUGUAAAUAAAGACUGUUUUCAAGUGAUUUCUUCUCUAUGUCAUGGGUUGUUCCAAUACUAUAUGAAUUAUCAUGUCUGACCUAGAUUUAUUUUAAAACCUGUUUUCCAUCAAGGAAAUAAAGAUAGAACAAUAAAGGAUAUCUUCUAUGCCAUCUAUA